CUGGCUCAUUUCUCCGUUUCUCGUUUAGUUGUUCGGAAGAAGCCGCGCACUGAACAGUCUUACCCCGCGUGAUAGAGUGACUGACCGCCCGUAUCCGCCACGAUGUCUCGGGGAUCUAUAGAAAUCCCCCUGCGGGACACUGAUGAGGUGAUCGAGUUGGACUUCGACCAGCUGCCAGAGGGAGAUGAGGUCAUCAGCAUCCUCAAGCAGGAACACACACAGCUGCACAUAUGGAUCGCACUGGCCCUGGAGUACUACAAGCAGGGGAAGACAGAGGACUUUGUGAAGCUGCUGGAGGCAGCGCGUAUCGACGGUAACCUUGACUACCGCGACCAUGAGAAGGACCAGAUGACGUGCCUGGACACGCUGGCGGCCUACUACGUCCAGCAGGCGCGACGUGAGAAAAACAAGGACACCAAGAAGGAGCUCAUCACUCAGGCAACGCUGCUCUACACCAUGGCCGACAAGAUCAUCAUGUACGACCAGAACCAUCUGCUGGGCAGAGCGUGCUUCUGUCUCCUCGAGGGAGAUAAGAUGGACCAAGCUGACGCCCAGUUCCACUUCGUGUUGAACCAGUCCACCAACAACAUCCCAGCUCUCCUAGGUAAGGCCUGCAUCUCCUUCAAUAAGAAGGACUACAGAGGAGCUCUGGCGUACUAUAAGAAGGCACUCCGCACCAAUCCUGGAUGCCCUGCUGAGGUGCGUCUGGGCAUGGGCCACUGCUUCGUGAAGCUGAGUAAGCUGGAGAAGGCGCGCCUGGCGUUCGGGCGGGCGCUGGAGCUCAACUCCAAGUGUGUGGGCGCGUUGGUGGGCCUGGCCGUGCUGGAGCUCAACAGCAAGGAGGCCGACUCCAUCAAGAACGGAGUCCAGCUGCUGUCCCGCGCCUACACCAUCGACCCCAGCAACCCCAUGGUGCUCAACCACCUCGCCAACCACUUCUUCUUCAAGAAGGACUACAGUAAGGUGCAGCACUUGGCCCUUCAUGCGUUCCACAACACGGAGGUGGAGGCCAUGCAGGCGGAGAGCUGCUACCAGCUGGCCCGCUCCUUCCACGUGCAGGAGGACUAUGACCAGGCGUUCCAGUACUACUACCAGGCCACCCAGUUUGCGUCGGCCACGUUCGUGCUGCCCUUCUUUGGGCUGGGUCAGAUGUACAUCUACCGGCGGGACCGCGAGAACGCCGCGCAGUGCUUUGAGAAGGUGCUGAAGGCCUACCCAAACAACUACGAGACCAUGAAGAUCCUCGGCUCGCUCUACGCCACCUCCGACGACCAGGAGAAGAGGGACAUUGCCAAGGGUCAUCUGAAGAAGGUGACGGAGCAGUACCCUGACGAUGUGGAGGCCUGGAUUGAGCUCGCUCAGAUCCUCGAGCAGACCGACAUACAGGGGGCGCUCUCUGCGUACGGUACAGCUACGCGUAUCCUGCAGGAGAAGGUGCAGGCUGAUGUUCCUCCUGAGAUCCUCAACAACCUGGGAGCUCUGCACUUCAGACUGGGCAACCUGGGGGAGGCCAAGAAGUACUUCCUGGCGUCGCUGGAGCGGGCGAAGGCCGAGGGGGAGCAUGACGAGCACUAUUACAACGCCAUCUCCGUGACAACCUCCUACAACCUGGCCCGCCUCUACGAGGCCACCUGCGAAUACCACGAGGCCGAGAAACUCUACAAGAACAUCCUGAGGGAACACCCCAACUAUGUGGACUGUUACCUGCGGCUCGGUGCCAUGGCGAGGGACAAGGGCAAUUUCUACGAGGCCUCUGAUUGGUUCAAAGAAGCUCUGCAGAUCAACCAGGACCAUCCUGACGCCUGGUCACUGAUUGGUAACCUCCACCUGGCCAAGCAGGAGUGGGGUCCGGGGCAGAAGAAGUUUGAGCGCAUUCUGAAGCAGCCGUCCACUCAAAACGACACCUACAGCAUGCUGGCACUCGGCAAUGUGUGGCUACAGACCCUGCACCAGCCCACACGCGACAGAGAGAAGGAGAAACGUCAUCAGGACAGAGCUCUGGCCAUCUAUAAGCAGGUGCUGAGGAACGACUCUAAGAAUCUCUACGCAGCCAACGGCAUUGGCGCAGUGCUGGCCCAUAAGGGCUACUACCGUGAGGCUCGUGAUGUGUUCGCCCAGGUGCGGGAGGCCACAGCUGACAUGAGCGACGUCUGGCUCAACCUGGCACACAUCUACGUAGAGCAGAAGCAGUACAUCAGCGCUGUACAGAUGGUACAUGCACACGCACACACACACACACUCUACGUAGAGCAGAAACAGUACAUCAGCGCUGUACAGAUGGUACACACACACACACACACACAUCUACGUAGAGCAGAAACAGUACAUCAGCGCUGUACAGAUGGUACACACACACACACAAUAAUCACAAUGGUGCAUCACGCUGGAAACGCAGAAAGAAACAGUACAUCAGCUGUACAGAUGUGCUCUGAUCUCUUGUCCCAGGCGCAGUACCAUGUGGCUCGUGCACGUAAGCAGGACGAGGAGGAGAAGGAGCUCAGGGCCAAACAGGAGCAGGAGAGAGACCUGCUGCGCCAGCAGAUGAUGAAGGAGCAGGAGGAGAAGCGCUAUAAGGAGGUGGAAGAGCAGAAGAAGCUUCUGGAACAGCGAGCCCAGUACGUGGAGAAGACCAAGAGCCUGCUGACCUUCACCGACACCGACACCACCCGCGACAAAAAGAGAAGCGGGGGAGGAGGCAGGCGUAAGAAGGGCGGGGACGCGGACGAGUUUGUGAACGACGACUCUGAUGAAGACCUGCCAGUCAAGAGGAAGAAGAAGAGGAGAGCCAGCGGCACUGACCAAGACGACGACGGACAAGAGGGAGGAGACAAGAAACCACGCAAGAAGAGACGCAGGCCUCAGAAGGGAGAUGAAGAGGGGAGUGAUGAUGAGGAGGAAGGAGGCUCACGACCGAAGAAGCAACGCAAACCCAAAAAGAGGAUCGAGAAGGCUAAACCUGAGCGUCUGCCUCCGUCACUUAAAGGGAAGAUCAAAUCAAAAGCCAUCAUCUCCUCCUCAGACUCCUCCUCCGACGAGGAUGGACUCAAGAUCGCAGAGGACAGGAACCCGAGGGACAGUGGUUCUGGUUCUGAUGAUGAGGAGCGGCCUCACAAGAAGCGUCUGGCGUCCGACAGCGGCUCAGAGGCGGGGCAUAGCGGCAGCGGCCAAGGGUCCGGCCAAUCAGAAGAGGAUUCAGGCAGUGAGGGUGGGGCUAAGCGCAGGCCGCGUGCCCAAUCAGAUUCAGAGUCUGAGAGGAGUCGGCGAAGUGCCUCGGGGAGAGGCUCAGACAGCGAGUCCCCGCCCCCCUCCCCUAGACCCGCCUCCGAGGGAUCUCCCCGCCAAUCAGAGUCUGAGGCUGAAGCGUCCAAUCGCGGCUCAGAAGACAGCGAGUGACAGCCCAGCUGGAGUGCUGUGCCCCCCUGUGGUAGCGACUGGUACUGCAAGAAUCAUGUCCAGCCUGGAGCUGCAGUCACAGCCCUGUCUGUCUGCGUGUGUGCUCUCCACACACACACACACUCUCUCUCUCUUUCUGUCUGUCUGUGUGUGUGUGUCUCUCUCUUCACAAACUCACGCACACACACACUCUUUUUCUGUCUCUCUGUGUGUCUUCUCUUCACACACACACACUCUUUCUGAUACCAGCAGCUUGUGCAUAGUCAUCACACACAUGAUCACCCCCCUCUUCUGCCACGUGUGAAAUUCAUCUGGAUUCGUUUGAGAGAUGCCGCGUCUGGGAUUGUUUUGUGAUUACGAGGGGUGUGUGGGAUGUUUUCUUUGGUUCUGUUUAGAAUGGUAGCGGUCACUAGUGGUGGCCUCAGCGAUGCAUUUGUACUUUUACUUUCUUUUAAUUAAAAGGUUCUCCUGAAAA